CUGCCCUCACCCAAGAUGGCGGCGCGGCUUCAUCCCCGCCCCGCCCGCGCGGGGCAUGCCGGGACGGGGGAUUCCCCACAGCGUGCGGCGGCGGGAGCGGCUGGAGGGGACACAGGUGUCCGGACAGGCCCCCCCCCCCACCCAAGAGGGGACCCAGGCGUCCGGUGCUGCCCCCCCCCGCCGCCCCCCCCGGCCCCCCCCCCAUCAUGGCGGAGGAGCUGGAGCCGCUGCUGGGGGGCGAGGGCUUCCUCGACCUCUGGAACAUGCUCCCCGAUAACAUCCACUCGAUUCCUGAGGAACUGCCGGAAUGGCAGGAGCUGGACCCCCUGGACCCCCCCCGCGGACGCCCCUGGGGGGGUGCCGGUGCCCCCCCUCCCUGCGGACCCCCCUCCGCCGGUGCCCCCCUCCCCGGUGGUCCCCUCCACCGAGGACUACGGGGGCCACCACAAUUUCCGUUUGGGCUUCCUCGAGGCCGGGACCGCCAAGUCCGUCACCUGCACCUACUCCCCGGAGCUGAACAAGCUGUACUGCCGGCUGGCCAAACCCUGCCCGGUGCAGGUGAGGGUGGGGGUCCGCCCCCCCCCCGGGGCUUUGCUCCGCGCCGUCGCCGUGUAUAAGAAAUCGGAGCACGUGGCCGAGGUGGUGCGGCGUUGCCCCCACCACGAGAGAUGUGGGGGACCCGGAGACGGCCUGGCCCCCGCGCAGCACCUCAUCCGGGUGGAGGGGAACCCCCAGGCUCGUUACCACGAUGAUGAGACCACCAAGCGACACAGCGUGGCCGUGCCCUACGAGCCCCCUGAGGUGGGGUCGGACUGUACCACCGUCCUUUACAACUUCAUGUGCAACAGCUCGUGCAUGGGGGGCAUGAACAGGCGCCCGAUUUUGGCCAUCCUCACGCUGGAGGGGCCGGGAGGACAGAUUUUGGGGCGUCGCUGCUUCGAGGUCCGGGUCUGCGCCUGCCCCGGCCGGGACCGCAAGAUCGAGGAGGAGAAUUAUCGCAAGAGGGGCGGGGCCAAGGGCGGGGCUAAGAGGGCAUGUCACCCCACGGCUGAAGCCCCCGAGAGCUCCAAGAAGCGGGUGCUGAACCCCGACCCCGAGGUCUUCUGCCUGCAGGUCCAUGGGCGCCGCCGCUACGAGAUGCUGAAGGAGAUCAACGAAGCGCUGGAGGCGGCCGAGGGGGCGGUGGCACUGCCACGGCCGGUGAAGGGUCGCCGCCCGCGGGGGGAGGGGCUGGUGCCGCGCUGCGGGAAGAAGCUGCUGCUGAAGGGGGAGCCGGUGGACUCCGACUGACCACGCCCCCUUUUCUGGAGGCCACGCCCACCCUGCCCUGCUCUCCGUGAAGCCACGCCCAUCUUACCGUACCCCCGCCUCCUAACCCCACCCUCUCCUCUUAGCCAUGCCCUCUCCCCU